CCUAAAAUAACUAACAGGAAGACGCCAUUACAUUUUAGGAUAUUUCUUUUAUCUAGCCGUUGCUCUUAAACUGUUUCACACAGAGGCUUCAACGCACAGAGAAUCUACGUUAUUGCAAUAAGGUUCAUUUGAUUUGCUGACAAAUGUCAGAAACAACAGACACUGCCAUAGAAAUGGCUGAUGCUACUCCAGAAGAGAGCAAUGAAGAAAUCAAAAAGGAAACAGAAGAAAAUGCAGAAAUGCAAACAGAAAAUGAAAAUGUAGAUGGUACUGCUGCACCUGAAGUUGAAGACGUAGUAAAGACUGAGGAGGAGCUAGAGCAAGAAUUAAAAGAAACUCAAAUAACUAUCCCCCGGUAUGCACCUCACAUAGUUCCUGAGUGGCAACGUGAACAAAUGAAAGAACGCUGGAUGUGGCAUCUACGUAUAUACCCCAUAGACCAGGAAGAUUGUAGAAAUUGUAUAUUGGACGCUGCCACAAAGAUUUCCCAAGAAGCUUGGUAUUAUGUGCCAAAGCGUAAAAAUGGACAAGGGAUAGCAGAGUUGUGUAUGGUAUCUAAUAAUGAGGCAAAUGCUGUUAUGGCCAGAGUGGUCCGAAUGCCUUUUUAUCAUCACUUUGUAACAAUAGAAAUAACUCGUCGUAGUCAAGAACAAGAAGGAGAAGUAGAUCCCAACUCUCCACAGACUUUGUUCAGCAAAGUAGAAGAAACAGCCACUAUUGUAUUUGAUUCAACGAAGUCAGAGAAAAUAAAAAAUACUGCCACAUCCAGAGGCAACCAGAAACGGCGAAGUCUCUGGGUGCGAUAUUUGUCAGAAAACACAAGCCCAGAGCUCCUUCGUGUUCUUUUCCCUCUAUCACAAAGCACUGAAGUACAAACGCAUGACAAUUUGCGGAUUGGUCAUGUAGAGGCAAAUUCUAAGACAGAUGUACUUAUCUUUAUGAAGGCAUAUGUUACAGUUAUUAUCAAUGAAACUCAUAUACUAGCUUUACAAAACAAGGAGCCAUCUGAAAAUGAAAGUGAAACCAAAGCUGAACUAGAAAAAUCAGUCACUGCUGUAGAAGAUCUCCAGUUAGCACCCACAGAGACAGCUGACAGAACAGAACAACGUAAAGAUGAGAGAACUCAAACCUCCAGAGUGUUGAAAAGAACUCUACAGCAGCAGCAGAGGGCUAUUGAAGGCAGAAGGAAGGACACUGCAAACAAGCGGGGCAGAGGGGAGCCACCAUCUAAACGAGGCUCUGGAGGCUGGGGGGAUACACGAUUUGACAGGAGGAACGGGGGAGGGAGAUACGGAGGUUCAGGUGGAUAUGGAGGUGGUGGCAUGUUCCCUGGUGGUGGUGGACGUUAUGGUGGUGGUGGUGCAGGACUAGUGAAUCCCCAAGACAUGGCUGCAGAGAUGAUGAUGAUGCAGGCACAGCUGAAUCAGACAAUACAGCAUCAGUUGAUGAUGCUCAACCCUAGAGCUGGUGGACGAUCUGGCGGUGGUGGAGGUGGUGGUGGCUAUGGUGGAAGGUUUGGGUCAGGUGGAGGUGGUGGUGGUGGAGGAGGUGGAAGACGUGGAGGAAGAUCAGGUGGUGGUGGGGGCAGAGGAGGAAAAGGCAAUGGUGGAAGAAAGGGAUUUGGAUGGUAAAUAAUUGAGGUUCAGUAUUGUUGUAAGGAACAUGACCAGUCUGCAGAUUUUUAGUAUUGAAUUGUACAAAAAAUAAACAUAGUAUAUUAACCAAUGGUUGCCAUGGCAUUUUGUUGUGAGUUUAAUCUGAUUGGUUGGUACAAGGUGGAUUCAUAUCUGAUUGGUUGAUAUAUUUAAUGUACAUAGAACUUGAAAAGCUUAAGGAAAUGAAUUUUUAACAAGAGGAAAUGAUUUUAGUGUGCCCUCUGCUUGCAGGUCACGAGUGUUCAAACUGUUGAUUACUGUUGUCAGUGUAAACUUGUGUAACACUUGAUUUGAUACAUUCAUUCUGUCAUGGUCUCAUCAUCUUGUUUUUUUUAUUAUUAUUUAGCUUUGAUGUAUGAAUAAAUGGCUACUUUCAAGUCAAGCUUUA